GGUGCAUUUGAUAUUCUUUACAGAUAUUCCUCCACCCUUGCCUCCUUUGAACUUCUCAGCUAUGACAGAGGAUGAAGUCCGACAGCUGGAAGGCAAUGAGAGACAACACGUUGAAGCCAGAAUUCAAGUACUGAGAAACAUUCAGACACUACUUGAUGCUGCUGUCGUUCAGAUGAAUCAGUAUGCAUCCAUUGUAGCAUCACUUGAUACAAAUAAUCAGACAAACACCAGAACUUCACAACAAGAUUCAGAUCCAGCAACUGCAGCAUCAGACUCCACAGUGAUUCCACAGCAACCUGCUAAAUCUACAGAUGGGUCAGAAGCUCACCAAAUAGCUACCUCGACACAUAUUCCUUUUGAGGAGAAACAUACAACAUCUGCCAGUAGUGAAGAUCUUCCUGUAACCAACUUUGAAAAAGGAAGAACUGAUGUUGCAGCUAUGUGAUGUUUUCUACUACUGCGUGAGUAUUACUCCCACCCAUGUUUCCCUUCAUCAAAACAUCUUGCAACUUUCAUCAAAGCA